AUGACCGUCGCGGACCCGCUGACCGCUCCGGAGGACCGUCAAGAGCGUCAUGAUCUGGUUCCAGAACAGGCGACAGGACAGGCCGCGCAGGGGCAAGGCGGCGAAGGGAGCGGAUGCGGGGACUGGUUCUCCGUCUCUGAAGGUCUGCCCCCGAAAGCCCAGGGCCAAAGGAAAUACGGGCGGGACUGCUGCUUUUCCUCGGGCGACCAAGAGUUCUACUGCGAGCUCGACCGUCGUCGAGACGACGCGAUCUGCUACUACCACCCGUCCUCUCGAGGCUGUCUCUGCCUCGACCAGACGCAUACGGUCUUCUCGCAACGUUCGACUGCCUGUCCCCCGGCUAUCUUACCACGACCAACCGACGCUAGCGAUCCGUCUCUGGGCAGCACUGGUUCAGGCUUCCCUCCGCCGACAUUCACGAACCCCUGGUUGGUUUCGUUGCGCGCUCCCCAUACCCUCCCCUCACACCUCGAGUCCCGGCGACACACCACUGCCAGUCUCGAUCGCUCAAGCCCCGCCCCGACGUCCCCUCAGCCGUCGACACCGCCUUUCGCGGAUGCGAGCAACCGCGCCCUCUGGCUGACGCACCCUCCUCGCAAGCCGACUCUCGAAUGGGCGUGUGCCCGCUCGGCCGCGCGCCGCAGUCUUGGCUUCCGGCGCGGCUCCGGUGCGGCACCCGUCUACCUCGACGAAGAUGAUUCGGCGGGGGAGAACGGCGGGUUCGAGGCGGAUCCUCUUGCGUCGCAGGACCGAAGUCCAUUGGGCGGCGCUCUCUCGCACGACUUGCCUCCCGAUCUUGUCUUUGGCGCGUCGCUGUUGCUCACGCUCAAACAUUCCGUAGACAUCCUAUGA